AAUGUGGCGUUCUUUAGUGUUCGGAGCACUGUUAGCAACAACUUUUGCCUUCAAUUUACCAGGCAUACCCAGGGAUUUUACCGCUAAUGAUGCCGUUUUAGCAGCUAUAUCCGGUGAAGUGGCUCGUAAAUUUGAAAUUGAAUAUUUAAAAUACCUAAAAACCGGCAUAGAAACAUCUGUUCUAAAACAAAUCACCACGCAGUUGGCAAAUUCUCACAGUAAAAAGGAUAUUUUGGUUAAAGAAAUCCAUGAAUUGGGAGCAGUUGAUGAAUUUUUCGUCUGUGUCACUUGCCGGGCUGUAGUCAAUGUUAUUGUAAAGACAUUCCGUGACGAAGAUGGUGAACUAAAUGGUCCUCAUAAUAAAAAUAUUGUGAAGAAAAUCGUUUUGGAUGUUUGCAAACGUUUGAAUAUUCAAACCGAAGAAGUAUGCUCGGAAAUGUUUGAGUCUCAUUGGCCAACCACAGAAUACAUAAUUAUGAACAGUGAACAGGAUUCGCGAUUUUUCUGUGGCCUAUUUAUGCAAUGGAGUUAUUGUAAUCUAAAUAAUCAUACGGAAUAUGAAUGGUCUUUGAAUGUAGAUAAUUCCGCUGAAGUAAUUACUGGCUCUAAAGCAGAUUUUCCCGGCAAAAGUUCAAAGGACUUGAAUAUUUUGCACUUGACAGAUAUACAUCAUGAUCCUCUGUAUGUACCAGGAUCUUUGGCUGAAUGUGAUGAGCCAUUGUGUUGCCAAAGACAUAAAGAGCAGACUGUGGGUACUUCAAAGGCAGCAGGCUUUUGGGGAGAUUAUCGUGAAUGUGAUUUACCUUGGCAAACAAUUGAAAGUGCUUUCACUCAAAUAAAAGAAAAUCAUAAAAUCGAUUUUAUCUAUCAAACUGGUGAUAUUAUCGAUCAUAUGGUUUGGAGUACUUCCAUGGAAAAGAACAAGGAAGUAUAUAGAGAUGUUACUAAUAAAAUCUAUGAAAGUUUUCCUGAAGUGCCUGUCUAUCCAGCUAUAGGUAAUCAUGAACCUCAUCCCCUAAAUAUGUUCAGUCCAGAUUAUGUACCCCAAGAAGUCAAUACCAAAUGGUUGUAUGAUUAUUUAUACGAAAUUUGGUCCAAGUAUUUACCAGCUGAUACCAAAGAGACCGUUUUAAAAGGUGGUUAUUAUACGGUUUUAGCUAAACCUGGUUUCCGUAUUGUGUCCUUGAAUAACAAUGAUUGUUACACCAGCAAUUGGUGGUUAUAUCACAAUGGUUCAGAUAUGAAAACACAAUUAAUGUGGCUGCAUGAUGUUCUGUUGGCCGCUGAAAAAGCCCAUGAAUUUGUUCACAUUUUAGCCCAUAUCCCUUCGGGUGAUGGUACUUGCUGGAAUGUUUGGUCUCGUGAAUAUAAUCGUAUUAUUGCUCGUUUCCACAAAACCAUUAGUGGUAUUUUCAAUGGUCAUACCCAUAAGGAUGAAAUGAAUGUACAUUAUGAUGAGAAUGGCUAUGCAGUGGCUUUGUCAUUUAAUGGUGGUGCUUUGACCACCUACACUUUCAAAAAUCCCAAUUAUCGUAUUUAUCAAGUUGAAAAUGAUAGUUUGCAAGUGGUUGAUCAUGAAACAUGGAUUUUUAACUUAACUGAAGCAAAUUUAGCAGGUGAAGCUGAAAAACCUAACUGGAUUAAAGAAUAUACAUUCACGGAGGAAUUUACAAACGACUUGAGUCCAGCGGGAAUGGACAAAUUACUAAAUGAAAUGGCUGAUAAUCCAGAUUUGGUGAGAAAGUUUUGGCGCUACAAAAUAACUUCGGCUGAUCCCCAACUCACUAACGGCUGUUCCAGAUCUUGUUUACUGAACACCAUUUGUCGCCUGGCAACCACUGUUCACGAUCAAACUACACGCUGUGAAGAAUUGAAAGCAAAAUUAAAUAUAGCGCUGGAUAAGGAAAAUGCUGCCACUGAAACAACCACAACAAGUACAACUGCAGCAACUACUAGCAAACCUACAACUCCCGAAGAUAAUGGUGAUGAUGGCGCCAUUUCAAUUGCCGCUUUUAGUUUGACAACUCUAAUGACUGUGAUCUUGAGCAUGCGAUAUUUUAUAUAA